UACUGGUUGACUCGCUCCUGGCUUGAUACAUCUGCCUGGGGAGAGGAAUCCGGAAUCUAGUUCCCUCUCCCCACCCCCCUGAUUUUGGAUGUUCUUUUGAUUCUCCACAGACCUGGGAAGGUAACCGCAAGCCAUACCAUCUGCAGCUCACAGCACCUCUUGGAGGUUACUACUGACAGUUUUCAUUACACAGGCUUCUGUGAGUGCUUAUGUGUUUGUAUGUGUUUGGGUGCCUGCUUUCUCGUGGAAGAGAUUGUGUGAGUGUCCGUACUGUGUGUGGGGGUUUGUAUGACAACCAAAGCAGGUUUAACGUACAAGAGGAGAUCUCCACAGCGUGGAAAUAAUCUCCGGGCACUGGGGCUCACAAUCUGUAGCCCCCACCUCUCACCGCCCCUUCUCUGCCCGGCUCCCCCUGCUUCUUUCGCCUUUGAUGAGUUUUUGGCUUACUUUUUUGGCGGAGUCUCUUGGACACGUUCUUGCUGUUGCUGGAGGAUCAGAUAAAUGGAACCUUUGAAAGUUGAUUAUUUUUCUCCUGUGUGACAAACACACAGAGAGACAGACAGACACGAGGAAAGUAAAUUAGAGUGGUGUCUGACCAGCUAGAGGAUUUAAAUUUUUCCUUGGUGAACUUUGACGAUCUGCUGAGACACUGAGACGAAACCAAAUGAAGUGUUUACUGUCAUUAUCUCUAUUUGAUGAAGAGGAUGCUGAGGCUCAAAGAGAAUUAAUAACUUGUCCAAGACCAGCUAAUGCCAAGUAAUCGAGAGUGAACAGCAUGUGUGUACAAAGACUAGCCUGGACCAGCGUAUUUUUGAGAGGAUAACCCACAGGGAAGAAGUAGCAGAAAUGCUUCACUUGAUCCCAAGUUUGCAUGUUCACCCAGAAAGAGUGGAGCUGAGCAAGUUGGAACUUCUGAUGACACUCUAAACUCAUGUAUUACCGAAGGAAAAAAAAUAAUGUAUGUAUGUUGACACUAUGGAGACAUCCUGACACCUCUUCGGGAUCUCAGUAAAUUAACUGGAUUCAAGCUUGGCAAACAGGAAAACUGAUACAUAGACAACUUGCUACAGGAAAUGCUACCCUGUUUCUAGGCUUGGGAACAAUUAAGCAUGACUUGAGGAAUACUAAUCCUUUUCCACUGUAAGCUCAAAAACUGAAUAAGGAGACCAAAGUCAAAGAACUUUUCUUUUGCAACACGCUAUGAAGAACCAUCACCAAUAAGGAUACAGAAAUUAUAUGUUACUACUUUGGAUUCUCUCAGGAAGAGAAGAGCCAACUAGAUACACGUAAGGUUGGCAAACACGUUGCCUAUUUACUGCAUUGAGACCCCAAUGGAGAACAAGGCUGCCAGCAGAAGGUGUGGCCCAGAUUAAAGGUGUAUCUCCCCAUCUCAAAAGAUCCAGAUUCAAGGCUGUUUGAACUCCAGAAGGACCAAUACCAGAUAAAUUAUGAAUGUUGAACAAGAUGACCUUACAUCCACAGCAGAUAAUGAUAGGUCCUAGGUUUAACAGGGCCCUAUUUGACCCCCUGCUUGUGGUGCUGUUGGCUCUUCAACUUCUUGUGGUGGCUGGUCUGGUUCGGGCUCAAACCUGCCCUUCAGUGUGCUCUUGCAGCAACCAGUUCAGCAAGGUGAUUUGUGUUCGGAAAAAUCUUCGUGAGGUUCCUGAUGGCAUCUCCACCAACACAAGACUGCUGAACCUCCAUGAGAACCAAAUCCAGAUCAUCAAAGUGAACAGCUUCAAGCACUUGAGGCACUUGGAAAUUCUCCAGUUGAGCAGGAACCAUAUUCGAACCAUUGAAAUUGGGGCCUUCAAUGGUCUGGCGAACCUCAACACUCUGGAACUCUUUGACAAUCGUCUUACCACCAUACCGAAUGGAGCUUUUGUAUAUUUGUCUAAACUGAAGGAGCUUUGGUUGCGGAACAAUCCCAUUGAAAGCAUCCCUUCUUAUGCUUUUAAUAGAAUCCCUUCUUUGCGACGCCUAGACUUAGGGGAACUGAAAAGGCUUUCGUACAUCUCGGAAGGGGCCUUUGAAGGUCUGUCCAACUUGAGGUAUUUGAACCUUGCAAUGUGUAACCUCCGGGAAAUCCCUAACCUCACGCCGCUCAUCAAACUAGACGAGCUAGAUCUUUCCGGGAACCAUUUGUCUGCCAUCAGGCCUGGCUCUUUUCAGGGGUUGAUGCACCUUCAAAAACUGUGGAUGAUACAGUCUCAGAUUCAAGUGAUUGAACGGAAUGCCUUUGAUAACCUUCAGUCACUAGUGGAGAUCAACCUGGCACACAACAAUCUAACAUUGCUGCCUCAUGAUCUCUUCACACCCUUGCAUCAUCUGGAGAGGAUACACCUUCAUCACAACCCAUGGAACUGUAACUGUGACAUACUGUGGCUCAGCUGGUGGAUAAGAGACAUGGCCCCCUCCAACACCGCCUGCUGUGCCAGGUGUAACACUCCCGCCAAUCUGAAGGGGAGGUACAUCGGAGAGCUGGACCAGAAUUACUUCACUUGUUAUGCUCCCGUCAUUGUAGAGCCCCCUGCAGAUCUCAACGUCACUGAAGGCAUGGCGGCUGAGCUAAAAUGCCGGGCCUCUACGUCCCUGACUUCCGUAUCUUGGAUUACUCCAAACGGAACAGUAAUGACUCAUGGGGCAUACAAAGUGCGGAUAGCUGUGCUCAGCGAUGGCACGUUAAAUUUCACAAAUGUGACUGUGCAAGACACAGGCAUGUACACGUGUAUGGUGAGUAAUUCUGUUGGCAACACUACCGCUUCGGCCACCUUGAAUGUCACUGCGGCAACCACUACUCCUUUCUCGUACUUUUCAACUGUAACAGUGGAGACUAUGGAACCUUCUCAGGAUGAGGCACGGACCACAGAUAACAAUGUGGGCCCCACUCCAGUGAUCGAUUGGGAGACUACCAAUGUAACCACAUCUCUUACGCCACAGAGCACAAGGUCGACAGAGAAAACAUUCACCAUCCCAGUAACUGACAUCAACAGUGGAAUCCCAGGAAUUGAUGAGGUCAUGAAAACGACCAAAAUCAUUAUUGGGUGUUUUGUGGCCAUCACACUCAUGGCUGCCGUGAUGCUGGUCAUUUUCUACAAGAUGAGGAAACAGCACCAUAGGCAAAAUCACCAUGCUCCAACAAGGACUGUUGAAAUCAUUAACGUGGAUGAUGAGAUCACUGGGGACACGCCCAUGGAAAGCCACCUGCCCAUGCCUGCAAUUGAGCAUGAGCACCUAAACCAUUAUAACUCUUACAAAUCUCCCUUCAACCACACAACAACAGUAAACACAAUAAAUUCAAUACACAGUUCAGUGCAUGAACCGUUAUUGAUUCGAAUGAACUCUAAAGACAAUGUACAAGAGACUCAGAUAUAAAACAUUUACAGUUACAAAAAACAAUCAAAAAAAGACAAUUUAUUAAAAAAAUGACACAAAUGACUGGGCUAAAUCUUCUGUUUCAAAAAAAGUGUCUUUACAAAAAAAAACAAAAAAGAAAAGAAAUUUAUUUAUUAAAAAUUCUAUUGUGAUCUAAAGCAGACAAAAUUAUGUGUAUUCCUCAGAACCUGUUUUUGCUGCACUUACUAUUUUCCACACCUCCUCCCUCCCUUCCCUGAUUGCCAUAUUUUUCAUAGAUCUCAAUUCCCCAAAGAACUGGUCUAGGAAAUUUUGUAAGAAUUCUGUUACACUUUGAGAUUUUUAUGGUGAAUUCUAGUGGUGAGAUCCAGUCUAUUUUGUCUCUUUCUCUCUCUAGUUUUUUCAUUAUUUUUUCUUUUUCCUUCAUGCCCUUAUGAAGUAGUCCAAUGGGGAAUGCAAUAUUAGAAAUAGAUUUUUAAGAAAGAAUGAGGGAAAGUGGAAGAACUUAUAUUUUUCAUGUAAUGACCUGUUCUGUAUUUAUGAGGAGGAUAUUCUGUGGAGAAAGAAACAAAAGUAAGCAAACAACAGAUUAAUUUACAUAUGAGCAUCUAUAAAACCCAUGACUUUUAAAAAGAAAACUCUAGAACCAGAAUUUGUAGUUCAAAGCUUAAAUUAAGAUUAUAAAUAAAAUAUUGUUGGUUUUUCUGUACCUGGACAUAGCUCAUUUGUAAUCUAGCGUAGACAUGAAAAACCUGAAGGGAUUUAGAUUCCUUAUUUUCUAAGAAAGAUAAUACUAUAGUCCUCUUUAGUUACAGCAUUAUUUUCUACAUGCCUCUGUUGCUUUAUUUGGCCUAAGGUGCACAUCAGUAAUCAAAGACGCUAUGAUAUUUUUGCCUUCUCAAUAGUACUGUCCUUUAUAAAGUUUUUAGAUAAAAAAUAACAGUUUAUGAAAUACAUUUGACUCAAGAAGAGAAAAAACACCACUAUGAUAUAUCUGCUUCUGUAUGAAGGAGAUUCCACAGACCAGAUGAAGUAUUAACAUAAAAGUGUGGUCAUUCUAAAUUCCUCACAGUUUACAAAGAAUUUUGGGUUCUGAGUGUUACCAAAUUUAGUUCAAUUCAAUGAAAAUUGUCACAGAGUUAAAAUGGGCUAAAUGGUCACUUGGGUACACAAAUAACAAGGCCUUAUUCCUGAUUCCUUAGAAACUGCAACAUUUUCAAGGAUUAUUCUAAGUGUUUUAUUUACUAAGCACUAGCCCCAACUUUUGGCUUUUAGGUAAGUGAUAGUUUGGCUUUUCUAAAUGAUAAAUUGUUCUUAUUAUAGAAACUUCCUGGCCUUAUGGUCUCUCAAAUGUUAUGGUAAGAAAUGAUUUUUCUCCAUUUGAAUUCUGAUUCCAAGGCUGUAACAGAAUAUCACACUGGGGUAUCUUGUAAUCAUGGGCAUGUAUGAAGAGAUAGCAAGGCUGGUGCAGUAGCAAUUCACUAAGGCUUCCUUUAAAGGAUGUGGACAUGUUACUUAACAGGAUACAAACUAGCUUCCAAAAAGAAAAGUAGAAACUUGCUGGUUGCAAAGGUUCCCACUCUCCUGAUAUUUUAAUAUACUAUCUGUAUGACCUUCAUCUUUUUGUCUGAAGUGCAACACACAGACACACACACACACAGAGAGACACACACCCACACACCACACAGUUUUGUUUUUUUUUUCUCACUGGCCUCAAAACUUCUCCACUCCCCCAAAGUGAGGUGUGAAGGAAUGACUGCACUGAAAAACACAUCUGCUAAUGGAUCAACAGCCUGAAUACUCACACUUAAUUCUACAGUCUAAAGCUCAUGCCAUUUUCUGUUGUAUCCAAGUGUGAAGAACCAAUCGUUUUUAGCAAUGUAGGUUAGAAAGAUGGAAGGAGGAGCUAUCAAAUGAAUGCAAGUACACAAAAAUCCUUUUUUUAUUCUUCAAUCACACAGCUGUAGGCUUUGCUCUGCUGUAUCUCCUGCUUCCCUUUGUUGCAGUAGACUCAGGAAAAAGAAAGCAUGUAUAAACUGUCAUCUGUCAAUUUACCACGUAUUGAAUACACUUUAAUGCUGUGUUUUACAGCAGCAUAUCACAUAUAUGGCAUGGCAUGUGGGUGCAUAUACAUACAAACAGAGAUACAUACCCAUACACAUAAAUAUAUAUUUUGAGUAUCAAACUUGCUCUAGUGCAAAGCAGAGGAGUACUAAAGAGUGGGGAAAUGGGUUUUGCCUUCCUUCCUUAAAGCUCUUCCUGGUUUAUGCUUAUAGACUUCUGCCUAUUGACACUCUUUCAUUUUGAGCUCAUAGUUAUUAUGUAAGGUUAAACCUAAAAUAUCCUAACCACUGAAUGUAUGGAUUGGCUAAACAGUUAUUGGACAGAUGUUUACUAAAUACAAUGAAAUCCAAGCUUGCACACACACACACACACACACACACACACACACACAAAAAUCCAGGACGAAACCAAACCUAUGAUACAUGCAGCCAGAAUAUUAUGGUAGCUCAGAAUAAAACACUUUAGAAAUAAAAUAUGUUUAUGAAAGAUUUAACCUAAUCAAAAUAAGUUAUAUUGCAAAUUCAAGCUUGUUUCACAACCUGUUUUCAUUACAGCUAUAGGAAUUAAGGGUAGAGUGCUUUACACACACACACACACACACACACACACACACACACACAUGCACACACACACAUACGGAAACUGAAGUUGAGUCAAGAUCUUUUCUGUUCAAUUAUAUUCAGAUUUUCUCAUUAGUUUACUAAUAACUUAAUUUUCUAGAGACACAGCCUGACUUUCUUGGUGAGAAAAAUCCUAUAUGAUCACUUACAUAUCCUGGCAUCCAAACGAUUUCCUUGUAUACACAUUCUUUCAUCCCAUGUAAAGUCAGCAUCAACUCGUCAACUAACUGAAUGAAAGAUUCUGGAAAGCACACACAGACACACAAAUAUAACACUUAGAAACAGGCUAAGGAAACCCAACAGUGUAUAAGUGUGUGUGUGUGUGUGUGUGUGUGUGUUUUGGGGGUCAUAUUGUUCACAAACAUUUCUGAAAAAAAAAAGAUUUAUUGGGAAUGAAAUCUUUAUACUUGACAUUGACUAGUCUCUCAAAUUAUACAGCACUUGUAUAAUAUAUGCACAUACCCUGGUAAAAUGUUGGAAGAAUUUGGAUAUCUCAAACACAUAUGCUCUGGUAUAGCUCAGUAAUUUUUCUCAUGUUCCAAAUAUCCUCAUUUCUAAUGUCUUACAUAGGUCCUUGAAACAGCGAACAGCGAUGAAUAACUUUUAUUUUAUUUUAUUUAUUUUUUUUUGAUGAGUAACUUUUAAAGAAAAAUGUUCAUCCUUAUGAUCUGAGAAUCA